AUGGUGUUCAGGUCCCCGCUAGAGCUUUAUCCCACCCAUUUCUUCUUGCCAAACUUCGCCGCCGACCCGCACCACCGCUCCCUCCUUCUCGCCAGCGGCGGCGGCGGCAGCGGCAGCGGCUCGGGCUGCAGCCCCGGUGCCGGCGGCGGUGGAGGCGGCAGCUCCCGGGCACCCCACGAAGAGUUGUCAAUGUUUCAGCUGCCCACACUCAACUUCUCCCCGGAGCAAGUGGCCAGCGUCUGCGAGACGCUGGAGGAGACUGGAGACAUAGAGAGGCUGGGGAGGUUCCUCUGGUCGCUGCCGGUGGCACCGGGGGCAUGCGAGGCCAUCAACAAGCACGAGUCCAUCCUCCGCGCCCGGGCGGUGGUGGCCUUCCACACGGGCAACUUCCGAGACCUCUACCACAUCCUGGAGAACCACAAAUUCACCAAGGAGUCCCACGGCAAGUUGCAGGCCAUGUGGCUCGAAGCGCACUACCAGGAGGCCGAGAAGCUAAGGGGUCGCCCGCUGGGGCCGGUUGAUAAAUACAGGGUGAGGAAGAAGUUUCCGCUGCCCAGGACCAUUUGGGAUGGCGAGCAGAAGACGCACUGCUUCAAGGAGAGGACUCGCAGCCUCCUGAGGGAGUGGUACCUGCAGGACCCUUACCCCAACCCCAGCAAGAAAAGGGAACUGGCUCAGGCCACGGGGCUCACCCCCACGCAAGUAGGCAACUGGUUCAAAAACCGAAGGCAAAGAGACAGAGCAGCGGCGGCUAAAAACAGGCUCCAGCACCAGGCGAUAGGACAGAGCGGCAUGCGGUCGCUGGCAGAGCCCGGCUGCCCGACACACAGCUCGGCCGAGUCUCCGUCCACGGCGGCCAGCCCGACCACCAGCGUCUCCAGUUUGACAGAAAGAGCCGAGACGGGCACCUCCAUCCUCUCGGUAACCUCCAGCGACUCGGAAUGUGAUGUAUGA